CGCCGGUGAACUCUCUUCUUUUUACCCCUCCGACGAUCCAAUCUUUGCCGUAGCCAUAGGCCGUAAUUCAUGGAGGAAGAUGACGAGACACAGUCACGGCCGUCGCCGACAGAUACGUCAACCGCGAAGUCGCCUGGUCGGAGCGGUUUAGCGUUAGUGGUUUCUUGUCCUAAUCAAGCUGCUUCCGGAAGAAGAAGCGGUGGCGGAGGAGGGAGAGACGACUGUUGGAGUGAAGAAGCAACGGAGAUUCUGAUCAAUGCGUGGGGAGAGAGAUACUUAGAGCUGAAGAGAGGUAAUCUGAAGCAACAGCACUGGAAAGAAGUAGCUGAGAUCGUCAACAGAGACAACAAAUCUCCCAAAACUGAUAUACAGUGCAAGAACAGAAUCGAUACGGUGAAGAAGAAGUUCAAACUGGAGAAAGCUAAAAUGGUCGCUGGUGGUGAUGAUAAUAACAGCAACAAAUGGAUCUUCUUCAAAAAGCUCCAACUUUUGAUCGGAGAAAGAGCCAUCACAACCACAACGACGGCGAAUAAGGCUUUAAAGGUGACUCCUUUGAGCAGCCGUUCGAAUCUUUACCAACGACAAGCUAAAUCCUCGGCGAAUGUGAAAAGGAGUGGUGAUUCAACACGGUGGCAUUUCAGGAAAAGAGUUGCUUCUGAGACGGAGUCAGAGUCUGAACCUGAACUUUCUGCUGACUCAGGUGAGAGUCUACCACCAUUGUUGCUGCCACCGCCAGUGACGUUGGAUAAGACAGGAGGCAGAGGAGGAAGGGAGGUCGGAGAAGUGGCAAUGGCGAUAUUGGGGUUUGCAGAAAGUUAUGAAAAGGUGAAGACUUUAAAGCUUAAACAAAUGGUGGAGCUGGAGAAGGAGAAGAUUAAGUUCUCUAAGGAGCUUGAGUUGCAAAGAAUUCACUUCUUUAAAGCUCAAUUAGAGAUGUUACGGAACCGUCUAGAGGAUAGAGACAGUUAGAGAAGAUUCAGGAGUCACCAUAGUGUCAAGGAUAACGGCAAUGUAAGUUAACUGUUGAAGAGAUAAAUAUUUGUUUAUGAG